AAACAGUAUUCCAUGGAUCUUCGUUUGCUUCCCUCUGGAUGCACUGUCAAGCUUUAAUUGACGCGUGAGUGGAGGAAAUACGAGGGAGAAUGGCUUCCAAAGAGCGUCUGUAUGAGCUGUGGAUGUUAUAUUACACUAAGAAAGAUGUCGGGUACCUGCAGCAGUGGUUGGAGACGUUCGUGGCGUCUUUUGAGAAGGUCAUUGAUGUGCAGUCCACGGAGCCAAGGCGGCUGGAGGAAUGGAGCGCCGAUGUGCCUCUCCUCCCUAAAGAGGUACUGGUGCUCCUCAGCACACAACUGUGGCACAGCGCUCUCCACCUGUCAGGACAGGACCAGAUCAGCACUGCUCCACAGCCUCUGCUCCUCAUCAAGUUCUUUAUCAUCAUCUGCAGGAAUAUGGAGAAUAUUGACUCGGAAAAGACCCCUGGGUUUGUGUUCGAGACAAUCAAGGUCCUUAACUUCUGUUUGAAUCAGCUGAAGAAGCAGCCAGAGGAUCAGGCCACUUUAAAGUCAGUGGUACAGCAUGGCCUGCUGUUGUGUGAAAAUCUUUUUGACCCUUAUCAGACGUGGAGGAGACGGCAGGCGGGGGAAGAGGUCAGUAUGAUGGAGAGAAGCAAGUAUAAAUUCUCUCCUCUUGUUCUGCCGGAAGAGAUCCCCGUGCUCUUUCACGACAGCCUGCAGGAGAGUAAUGUCAUCCCCGAGGCCCUGGUGCUGAGGCUGGUACAUCUACAAGGGGCCGUGAUCAGUGGAUGCAAGCGGAAUGGCCUGCUCUCCAUCACCCCCCAAUCUGUGGAGGACCUUAUGUCUGUGCUGCGUUCCUGGUGCCUCCAUCCCAACCAGCCUUCACAAGAGCCCAGAGACCCUCGGCUGCUGAAAACCACCCUGAGGUGCCUGACUGUUAUGAUCCACCUGCUACACUCCAGCAGCCCGGCCGAGAGGCAAGUGGAGAUCAGGACCGUUCUGGACAGCUACUUUCAGCUGCUCAACUGGAACCGGCCACCGGUCUGUCAGAAGGAGGAUAUUCAGGCCUGGGAGGAUAAUCUCGUCGUCCUGCUUGAACACAUGCUGAACGCUAUUCCAGAUAUCCUCCAGUGCUCGGACCGGCCGGUGCUACAAGCCAUUUUUCUAUACAGUAACUGCUUUGAACACAUCCUCCGCCUCAUCCAGAACAGCAAGCUGUAUCAGAGCAGCAGGUUUAGGGUGGAGAGUGAUGGUCAAUGUGACCUCACCACACGUUUGCUCACAGAGGAAGAAGUGGAGCAGGUGUGGGAGAAGGGCUCGGAUUGCAUCACAGUACACGCCAUCCGUGUUCUCACCGCCAUUAUGAGCAACUCGCCCUCUGCCAAGGAGGUCUUUAAGGAGCGGAUUGGCUACUCACAGCUGUUCGAUGUGUUGAAAAGUCAAGGUCAGCCGACCAAGAGACUCCUGCAGGAGAUAAUGAACAUGGCUGUGGAGGGGGAACAUUCCCAGGCCAUUCAGCUUGGCAUCAGCAAUGAAAAGCCAUUGCUUCUGCUGCUACAGUGGAUGCCCGAUCUAGGUUCCCGUUCCCUUCAGCUUCUGGUGUCGCAGUGGCUGGCGGCCGUGUGUCGAGGCACUCUGUCCUGUCGCACUGUCGCCGUGGAAGCGGGGCUGGUGGGUGCGCUGCUUGAGGUGCUGUCAGAAUCCCCCGAGCGUCUAGACAGGCAGUGCGCUGAUGCCCUCCUAGGCCUGCUCCAGGACCUGGGCUCACUCUGUCUGAGGCCCUGCGAGCUGAAGAGUCUACUGAGGCUCUUGCGGACCGAGCCUGGUUCGCCCCCACACCCGUACUGUGGCCGGGUGGUGAGGGUGCUGUCUGCCAUGGCCGGCCGCGGAGAAGUCGGUCGCAGCGCCUUGCAGUAUUUUGACCUUACGCCCCCUAUGGCGGGUAUUAUGGUGCCAGCUAUCCAACGCUGGCAGGGGAAUGCGUUCGCUUUUCACGCUUGGUUGUGCCUUAACACGGAUUUUCCGCCACCUCAGCACCACUACUCCGAAUCCCACCUGACAAACCUGGAUUAUACAGUCCGCAUGGCAAAAGGCCCCCGUCGGAAACAACUCUACAGUUUCUUUACUGCAAGUGGAACUGGCUUUGAGGCUUUUUUUACAACAGAAGGCAUUUUGGUGGUGGCUGUAUGUACCAAAAAGGAGUACAUGGCAGUUUCUCUGCCAGACAACCCUCUCAAUGACUGCUCCUGGCACUCAGUAGCCAUAGUUCACGUUCCUGGCCGUCGCCCCUUUGGACAGAACGUGGUCACUGUCUAUGUGGAUGGAGUCCAGUGUAAGACAGCCCCUCUGCGUUUUCCCUCUCUAAAUGAGCCUUUCACCUCCUGCUUCAUCGGGUCAGCCGGUCACCGCACCACCACCACCAUGAACUCCACCUCUCCUACUCUUCCCAACCCAACACACUUGCCCUCUGAGCUGGCAUUUGCCGCUCAUACCGGGCCACCCGCCCUCUCCCGUUCCCAGUCCUUCCCAGCAUCCUUUGCUGCGGCCACAGGGGGGCGGACGGUGGGGGGACAGGACCAUUCAGUCCACACUAUCCCUGCUGGGCUACAGGACACUGCAUGGGGGUCUCCCUCAUCACUGUGUGGUCUUCUGGCCACGGCAUUCGUCUGCCAUGAAGCUCUGCAGCCUGCACAGGCACGAGCACUGUUUACUGCAGGUCCGAAUAAUGUUUCUCUAUUUAAAUCUGAUGGAGAACCUUCCGAGGUCAACAGUAAACUAGUAUUGUAUUAUACACCUCAGGCCUUUAAAAAUCAGAUCUGCUUGGAUCUGUCACCCAACCAUCUGUACGAUGGCAGGCUGACUGGUCACAGGGUGGUGAACUGGGAUGUCAAGGAUGUGCUGAGCUCAGUGGGUGGGAUGAGGGCUCUGUUGCCUCUACUGGAGCAGGUGUGUUUACUGGAGCAGCGCGAGACUGUAGGUCAGGAGAUCUCAGAUCUUAUCGGGCCAGAGCUCACGUCCUCCAGGGGUCCUGCUGGCAUGCUGCUGCCACUGGGGAAGACAUCCGAGGGAAGGUUAGAGAAGAACAGCGUGGCAGCAUUUUUGCUGAUGAUUAAGAACAUGCUGCGCAACCACCCAGCCAAUCAGGAGAGUCUGCUCCAGUGCCACGGGCCGCCCAUCAUUGGAGCAAUGCUCAGCAAGGUCCCCAGCAGAAUGAUGGACAUGAGCGUAUUGAUGGCCACUCAGUUCCUGCUCAAGCAGGUGUCCAAUGAGGGCAACAACCACCUGCUGUCACAGCUCUAUCAGUACCUGCUGUUUGACUUCAAAAUCUGGAGCCAUAGCCACUUUGCUGUCUGUCUGGGUCAUGUGCAGUACCUAACCACUGUCAUCAAUGAGGGCAAGCUGAAGACUCGCAGGAAGUACGGGGUUCAGUAUAUCCUGGACUCCAUUCGAACACACUACAGUACGGAGAAGGAUGGCAGUCCUCUGUCUGACGAGAAGAGGACAGUUCAGACCUCUCUUUUCUCUCUGCUGAAGGACCUUCUGAAAUCUCCAAGUGCUGAGGAGCUUCACAGUGUUUUAGCCUAUGCAGCUGUAGCCCAGGAUGAACAACAGGCGAUAAGUGUUCUGGAUGUUUUACACACCGUAUUGAGGAGCUCUCCUCCUCCACGCGAGCAGGUAGUGACUGUUUUUCUGGAUCGAGGGGUGGAGCAGCUCUACUGUCUAGUACUCAAAUCCAACUAUGGCGACGAAGCACGUGAGAGAGUGUUUAGGGUCAUGUAUAAAGUCCUCAAAAGCGACCGUGUACCCGACCGCAAUAAACAACGCAUGAAACUCAAGGAUUCCGGUUACCUUGGCUUGGUCUGUUCAUUUGGAGAAGUCCCCAUCACCAUGACAACUGUGCGCUGUCUGUAUGAGCAGGUGCUCGCCACAGAUCCCACCCCUAACUUCAGAGACCUGUUGGCUGUGGCGUACUUGUCUCAGCGUGCUGACCUUAGUGUUCGAUUAGAUAUCUGUCGUAAGCUCUUCCACUUAAUCCACUCUAAUGAAGAGAAUGUGAAACAGCUUGCACGUCAGCCAGGAUGGCAAGAUGUCCUCACCAAACUCUACGUCAAAGAAUCAUACGAGUCGCGCCUUCGUAGCCAGUCGAAUUCUAUGAGCAGCCCCCCUAUCUCGCUGGACCAUGUUCAUUCCAGACCCCCCCUCCAUCGAGAGAACAGUGCGAGCGAGGACGUGCGUCAGAACGUCUACAUCUCACUUUCCGCCCACCGUGACGAUGAGGAGGAGGAGGAAAGUGACGAAACGGCUCGGGACAAGACUGAGAGUUACUCAGACCAUUCACAGUCGCCCACUUCGACUGGGCAGCUGAAGAACGGUGACCUCCACUUCAAGUCGAUUGACUCUGCGGAGCAAGGCAGUCGUUCAUCUUCACUGUCUAAUAAUGACUUAUCACCUUCGUCCUGCCUGCUGGAGGAGGAGGAGACUGUAUAUCAGCCGCAGUCACCUUUCAGCUCACCCUUUGAGCUGAAUAUCAGCAGCCUAAAAGGACCCCAGACCCCUGUGGGUAGCCAGCCAGAGACCCCUUCACCUCUGGAGCACAAUAAGACCUUUCUUGGAUUGAGGCCAAGGAAGAGCUCCAGCCUGUCAAAUGUUCUGGACGACACAAACUACAGCACUGAACCUCCCACAGACACCAUCUCCAACACAUCCAACCCACAGACUCCAGAGGAGGAGUUGUGUAAUCUGCUGACAAACAUUGUGUUCUCUGUGCUGUGGAGUGGCACUGAAGGGUCUGAGGAUGUGAUUUGGAGAGAAAGGGGUCAGGUCUUCUCUGUCCUCACCAAGCUUGGAACAUCAUGCCAACUAGUGCGGCCACCUGAUGACAUCAAACGCAGUCUGUUGGAGAUGAUGCUGGAGUCGUCUUUGUCCGAUCUGAGGGACUCUCAGGGUGUGUUCCUGCCACAUGUGCCUUCUUCGCUCCGCCUCCUCAGACUGCUCCAGGACUUCCUGUUCGCAGAGGGCACUGCUAAUCAAACUCUAUGGAGCGAAAAGAUCUUUGAGGGGGUGGUGAAUCUGUUGGACAGGCUGCAGGCGUGGCACACGACCCCUGGAUCGGCAGGGGCCGCAGAGCUGAAAGAGAUGUCCCUGAUCGGCCUGCGUAUUAUUACCGGAUACAUUCAACAGCAACAAAACCCACAGGUGUGUGAGAUGGCGUGUUUAAAGCUCCACAGCCUGCUACAGACUGUGCUGUGUCUGUCUUGGGAGGAGGUGUGUUUUCUGUUGGGUCGUCUCGGUGCUCCGCUACGCCCUGCAAACUCAGGUUCCGACCUUGGUAACGAGGCUCUUCUGAGUCCGCUGGUGCCCAUCGUCCGAGCGCUUUUGGAUCAGCAUGCGGAUCGCCACACCCUUCAAAACAUGCUCCCGAACCUGCCCCCCACCAACGGCAGCCCGUCCUUCGCCCAAGAUCUUCUCAUCUACUGCAGCACCAACGAGUGGCAACACUUCUACCAGAACGACGUGGAGCCCACUAUGCACCAGUAUGAGCUGGACACUUUUGGGAAGAGUCAUGACCUGAUGUCCAACUUCUGGAACUCCUGUUUCGAUGACCUCAUGAGCACCGCCCAGAGGAGAGACAAAGAUCGCUCCGACUGCAAAAACAAGUUUCAGGAGCUCAUCAUUGAGCCGUACCUGAAGCGCGUGCGCUCCGAGAACAGCAGAUAUCACAUCGUGCAGAAGAUGAACAAUGGCCAGCAGGUGGUGGUGUGGAGGCACUGGAGAUCUCUGUACAGACUGCUCAGCAGUGAGAGAGGAGCCUGGGCUCUCAGGGUUCAGACAGAGGUGAGGUGGAAGCUGUCGAGCGCAGAGACGUACUCUAAAAUGCGUCUGAAGCUGGUGCCCAACUACGGCUUUGAGUCCCAUAAGGAUGCCAGUGCAUUGAGAGACAACAUGGGAGCCGACAGUCCUCGCAGCUCCACGGAACCCCUCCCACUAGCUGUUGCCAAAGAAGCCAAAGUUAGUGAUAUGGAGGAUGAUAAACUAGGAGAUGAGGACUUACCCUCGCUCGACCAGACGGAGGAGGGUGAGGAGGAAAGUCAGAAAGAGAAGCUAGUGCUCUCAGAGGAUUGUGAGCUCAUCACUAUUGUUGCCGUGAUACCAGGUCGUCUGGAGGUCACAACACAUCACCUGUACUUCUAUGAUGGCAGCAGUGAGAAAGAAGAGACCGAGGAAGGUAUAGGAUUUGAUUUCAAGAGGCCAUUGUCACAGUUAAGAGAGGUACACCUGAGGCGCUACAACCUGCGAAGAUCCGCUCUCGAGCUGUUCUUCAUCGACCAGGCACACUACUUCAUCAACUUCCGGAAGGGGCUACGGAACUCUGUAUACACCAGGAUUCUUGGUCUCAGACCACCUAACCUGUUCUACUUCGGGUCUCGCUCUCCUCAGGAGCUCCUGAAAGCCUCCAACCUUACUCAGAGAUGGAUUUGCAGAGAGAUCUCCAAUUUUGAGUACCUGAUGCAGCUCAACACCAUUGCUGGUCGCACAUACAAUGAUUUGUCACAGUAUCCAGUGUUCCCAUGGCUGUUGUGUGAUUACACGUCUCCUGAAUUGGAUCUGGAGGACCCAGCUGUGUUCAGAGAUCUGUCCAAACCCAUAGGUGUUGUCAACUCUCGGCAUGCACAGACUGUCAGAGAGAAGUACGAGAGUUUUGAGGACCCUACAGGCACUAUUGAUAAGUUUCACUAUGGCACACACUACUCGAAUGCUGCAGGGGUCAUGCACUACAUGAUCCGCACUGAACCCUUUACUUCAUUACAUAUACAGCUGCAGAGCGGCAAAUUCGAUUGUGCUGAUAGGCAGUUUCAUUCAGUAGCAGCGGCGUGGCAGGCCCGUAUGGAGAGUCCAGCUGACGUGAAGGAGCUAAUCCCAGAGUUCUUCUACUUCCCAGAAUUCCUGCAGAACUUGAAUGGGUUUGAUCUGGGCAGCCUUCAGAUGAAUAACGAAACGGUGAACAAUGUGGUGCUUCCAGCCUGGGCAUCUUCACCUGAAGACUUCAUUAGAAAACACCGCAAAGCUUUGGAGAGUGAGCAUGUUUCCGCUCACCUGCAUGAAUGGAUCGAUCUGAUAUUCGGUUAUAAACAGCGAGGACCAGAUGCAGUGGAAGCUCUGAAUGUCUUCUACUACUGCACUUAUGAGGGUGCUGUGGAUCUGGACGCCAUCGCUAAUGAAACGGAGCGGAAGGCCCUUGAAGGCAUCAUCAGUAACUUCGGCCAGACGCCGUGUCAACUUCUCAAGGAGCCUCACCCUACCCGUAUGUCAGCUGAGAACGCUUUUAGACGGCAGUCCCGCCUCGACAUGUUACCCCCCAACCUUUUUGAUCAGCUUAAUAAACUGCGAUCCUUCAAGGAGGUGGUGAGUGAUGGUCUGCCCCUAGUACAAGCUGUGGUUCCCAGAAAUCAAACCCGGUCCUUCAUCAUUCCAGGAUCUGAUAUACUGGUUACAGUAAAUGCUAAUGGGAUGAUUGGGACUCAUAGCUGGCUGCCAUAUGACAAAAACAUCGCCAAUUAUUUCACCUUUACUAAAGACUCAACUAUGAACAACCCAAAGACACAGCGGUUCCUCAGCGGGCCGUUCUCCCCAGGGGUAGAGAUCGGGUCCCAGGUGCUGGUGAUGUCCAGUGACGGGCGUCUGUUGUUCAGCGGGGGGCACUGGGACUGCAGUCUUAGGGUCACUAUGUUAGGCAAGGCCAAGCUGGUGGGAAGGAUCUGCCGUCACAUAGAUGUGGUCACAUGUCUGGCGUUGGAUCUGUGUGGUAUCCACCUCAUCUCUGGCUCAAGGGACACCACCUGCAUGAUUUGGCAGGUCCUACAGCAGGGUGGUUUCUCCAGCGGCCUGUCACCGCGGCCGGUACAGGUGCUCUGCGGCCACGACCAGGAGGUCACGUGCGUGGCUAUCAGCACUGAGUUGGAUAUGGCAAUCUCGGGGUCAAAGGAUGGCACCGUUAUCAUGCACAGCGUGCGGCGCGGACAGUACCUGCGGACCCUGAGACUGCCUUGUGAGGGCUGCAUUUCUGCUCCUGUGGCUCGGCUGGAGGUCGGCAUGGAGGGGCACAUAGUGGCACAUACUGUUACGGAGGGGCGCUCAGUUGGAAAGGACAAGUAUGCACUGCAUGUGUAUUCAGUGAAUGGGACUCUGUUAGCAUCUGCGACCUUGGAUGAAAAGAUUACAGCAACGCACCUGGUGCCUCACUACCUCAUUGUGGGCACACAACAGGGGAACCUCCACAUUCGAGACUUAUACAGCUUGAAUCCGGCUGUGGGGCCUUUAGCUCUGAAAGUCCCUGUGCGGUGCGUGUCUGUCACGAAAGAGAACAGUCAUAUUCUGGUGGGUCUGGAGGAUGGCAAACUCAUCGUGGUGGGAGCAGGCAAACCAGAGCAGGUUCGAUCUUCGGUUUCCCGUCGACUGUGGGGCUCCACGCGCAGAAUCUCCCAGGUGUCAUCAGGAGAGACGGAAUACAACCCUGUCGAGCCUGGUGGCAAAUAAGCAUCCAAAAUGCUAUCCACGUGCCUUUACCUGCAGAAGAGACGUGGCUCGCCUUCACGGGUCCUGCAGCGCAGGUCCAGAAACAAAAACCAGAGAGCAAAGGGAAAGGAAAAUUCUUCUUUAAAAUGAAAUGAUUUAUACUGCUUUUAACAAGUAGACAUUCCAAAGAUCAUUGGAAUCGAGCUGUCACCUUCAGACUCUGUGAACGUUGACAGCUUGUCGCCAGUCUUGACGUCUCCCUGAUGAACUUUGACUUUUUAAAUGCAGUGUGUGGUAUCCUUUGAAUCACAGACUGCCUUCUCGCUGGCUGGAGCUCAAGGCACUGUAGCUCAGAGUGGUGAACUGUCAGUCACUGGGUGACAAAACGUCGUCACCUGAGCUGUUGUUCAGCAUAACAGAUCUUCCUAUGCUGAUUUUUGCCUUGCUGGUCACUCUGUGGUCAGCACUGCGUCGCUGGUACUUUGUCUGACACUUGAAUAGUUUCAUAAAUAAGUCCUGUUGUUUAAACAGCCUGAAUAUUUUCUGUAGGGCAAGCAUUUUGUAUGUGUAUGGAUGCGGGUGUUUGUGUUACUUCCAGAUUUUUAUAGUAACGCAAUCAUUUUGAACCUGAAUAGGAACAAGUGCUUUCACUUUUGUGUAAUGCUGUGGUGUGCUUUGAGCCCUGCUAAGUCUUAAGACUUGAUUCAGUACCUCUGGUGCCUUAAAACGUGUGAUUGUAUAUCGUAAUAGUUGUUGUUAUUGCAUUAUGAAGAAACAAACUCUUUCUGAU